GCUUCAGUUUCUCCAUAGCCUUGUGUCGGUAUAUUUGUCCCUCCCAUACUGUCUCCUAACGAUGGCGUCCGGCAGCGCAGGUAGCAGGGUCUCCUGCGGGAGAGAUUUAAGUUGCGUUCCCGAAGUAGCGGAUACUCUCGCCGCGGUAGCCAAAUUAGGCUUUGAUUUCCUGUGCAUGCCGGUGUUCCAUCCACGGUUCAGAAGGGAAUAUGAACUGGACCCUGCUAAGUCCCGACCUGGAGCCCAAACGCGCUCUGACCUGCUACUGUGUGGCAGAGACUGGAACACACUUGUCGUGGGAAAGCUGUCACCCUGGAUUGAGACAGACUCCGAGUUGACCACAGAGCGCAGGAAUUCAGAAGCGGCGCUGGUACAGGAGCUGAAUUUCUGUGCUUAUCUGGGAUUGCCAGCUUUCAUGAUCCCCCUGAGGGGUCCUCACUGUGCCAACCUGGCUCGAAUCCUGCUCAACCACAUCCACACAGGACACCACUCCUGCAUGUUUUGGUUACGAGUUCCCCUAAUGGCUUCAGAUGACUUGCGUGAGGAUCUAAUUGAGAACGAUCCAACUAAACCAAUGGAUGACGGCAGUGCUGAUGAGAAGACCUGGGCAUGGUGGCACUCGUUCAGAACGCUCUGUGACUAUAACAAGAGGAUUUGUCUCGCCAUCGAGAUUGGAGCUGACCUGCCAUCCGACACAGUGAUUGACAAGUGGCUUGGAGAGCCGAUCAAAGCGGCCAUUCUGCCCACCAGCAUAUUUCUAACCAAUAAAAAAGGCUUUCCUGUUCUUUCAAAAGCUCACCAGCGAAUCAUCUUUCGCCUCUUCAAGCUGGAGGCUCAGUUUAUUUUCACAGGUGCAAACAGACACGGUGACAAAGACUUGCGCUCCUACCUGCAGUAUCUAGAGUACCUCAACCAAAACCGUCCGGCACCUAAUGCUUAUGAGAUGUUUGCCAAAGGCUAUGAAGAUUAUCUGCAGUCACCAUUACAGCCUUUAAUGGACAAUUUGGAAUCACAGACAUAUGAAGUUUUUGAAAAAGAUCCAAUCAAAUAUUCUCAGUACCAGCAGGCCGUAUACAGAUGUCUGCUGGACAGAGUUCCUGAAGAACAGAUGGAAACCAAUGUACAGAUAUUAAUGGUCCUAGGUGCAGGUCGUGGUCCACUGGUGAACGCCUCACUUCGUGCAGCAAAACAGGCUAAGAGGAAGCUGCGUGUAUAUGCCGUCGAGAAGAACCCCAAUGCUGUCGUCACAUUGGAAAACUGGAAGUUUGAGGAGUGGGGUGAUCAGGUGACUGUUGUGUCAAGUGACAUGAGGGAAUGGGUGGCUCCAGAAAAGGCAGACAUCAUUGUGAGCGAGCUCUUGGGCUCAUUUGGAGACAACGAGCUUUCGCCCGAGUGCCUAGAUGGGGCGCAGCACUUUCUCAAAGAUGAUGGAGUAAGCAUUCCCUGCUCUUAUACAUCUUUCUUGGCUCCACUGUCAUCUUCUAAACUGUAUAAUGAAGUCAGAGGCUGCCGGGAACGAGACAAAGAUCCCGAGUGCCAUUUUGAGACACCCUAUGUUGUCCGAUUGCACAACUUCCAUCAACUCGCAGACCCCAAGCCCUGCUUCACCUUCGUACACCCGACCACAGAUAUGAACAAUAACCGGUAUCAGUGUCUACGCUUUUCCAUUGGCUGUAAUUCAGUCCUUCAUGGCUUUGCCGGAUACUUCGAGACCACGCUGUAUAAAGACGUCAUGCUUAGUAUAAAACCUGAAACGCACUCUCCUGGAAUGUUCUCAUGGUUUCCCAUCUUAUUCCCUCUGAAACAGCCGAUUCCACUGUCCUGUGGUGAUAACGUGAGCGUGAGAUUCUGGAGGUGUAACAACGGCAAGAAGGUCUGGUACGAAUGGGCAGUGACCGAACCUACGUGUUCUGCUAUUCACAACCCGGCCGGGCGCUCUUACACUAUUGGCCUGUAGGAUAUCGAUACAUAUGCAGUUGCGCUGUUUUAUUUCCAGUCGAGCAGCAGGUUUGAUUACCUUGUUUCUGGGGCCAUGUUUAAAGAUGUCAUACUUUGUUACAGAGAUCUUUGGUUACUGUACAAUAUGUACUAUUUUUUUUAUUAUGGCCAUAAGCAUGAAAAUUAAAACAGCACUUACUAUGUACCCUUUAAGGCAGUGCGGGAUGUCCUGGUGCUCUUCCUCUGUUAAGCGACUGUUUCAAACAAUAAAGCCAGAUCUGUUGGGCUCUAAAAGCUGUAUGUUUUAUAGACUCUUUAUUUCUUUGAACCCAUUAUGUAAGUCAGUUUAUUUUGACAGUGUUAGAAAGACAUCCAAUGUUCCUCAUUGUCUGUGCCCUGAAAUGUAACAUGGUUAGAUCACUCAUACGUAAUAUGAUUUUCCCCAGGCCAGGAUAGGAAAUGUUCCAUACUUUUAUACCUUUCCUAAUGAAUAUGUAUUGUCAUAUAACAUGAAUAAAAAAAGGAUAGAAAGUU